AACGCGUUAUUCCUACAUCUAGCCUAAUAUCCUCGCUCUCAUCCUGUGACUGGCCAUCUGUUGAACAUGAAGUUGCCUUCACUGACGCGUUAGCCCCUCAUAUACACCGCGUUUGUCGCCACACCGUCGCCAUGAAAGCCUCUGCCUGUCUUACUGUUGUUAUCCCGGCGCUGGCCGCCCAAGCCGCUCGCAUAGUCCAAUCCAACGACGACGGCUGGGCUGAGCUGUAUCUUCGCUCUUUCAAUGAUGCGUUGAAUGAGGCUGGUCAUGAUGUUGUUCUAUCUGCACCAGCAGAUAACCAGUCUGGAACCGGCUCCAGCGAUUCACCUCCCAUACCCCGAACAGAACCCUGCGAAUACAACUCCUGUAUCGGCAACGGCAGCACCACUGGUCAUAAUGAUACACGGCCUGACCUUAACUGGGUCAAUUCAUUUCCCGUAACGGCCAUGAAAUACGGCAUCGACACUUUCGGCCCUCAGCUGUGGAAUGGCUCUGCUCCCGAGUUUGCCGUAGCGGGACCCAAUGUCGGCACCAAUGUCUUCGUCCAACUGCCAUUCAGCGGCACAGUUUCCGCAGCAGCAUAUGCCGCUCACGACGCAGGCAUCCCCUCAAUUGCGUUUUCUGCAGCUUCAACUGGCCGCCUUGCAUUUGAUACUGAUCCAGUGCCUCUUCGGAGUAGCCUCUACGGUCAACUCGCUGCACAGCUGACCAACAAGAUUAUCUCUUCUGGGACUCCGUAUCUCCCUCCGGAUGUCUUUCUCAAUGUCAAUUUCCCUAAAGUUGAAGACAGCUGCGCGGAACUCUCUGACUUUAAAUGGGUCCUUACACGGAUCAACCCUGGUUUCCUUUCCCCCCCAGAUGUCAGCUUCUGUGGUGGUGAGCGACUGCCUACCGAGCUAUCUGUAAUUACACAUGGUGGAUGUCUUAUCUCUGUCAGUGUCGGCAAUGCUAAAGAUAAAACUACCGCAUCGACUAGCAGCCAGGUCGUUGUGCUUGAAAAAUUACGCGAUAUGCUAAGUUGCCUUUCAAGUUCAGUGAUGUUGAUAGAGACUUCCGAUCAGCUCAUACUUCAGGACCAUAAAGAACAUUCACAAAAGAUGUACUAGCGACAUAAUAGUGUUAAUAAGUACAUAUUACAUAUGAAAACGAGAUAGAUUGCGGAGAAAGCGUUUACAAUCAUCAUAUAGAGUAUUUUAACCGCUAGCUAUAAUGCUGAUGAUACCUAUCAGCGAUUAGAAAAUGCUUUGUGC